CAUAAAGACCUUGUUUAUGCCGUUGCAUGGUCUCACGAUGGAGAGACUUUUGCCUCAGGCAGUGCAGAUAGGUCAGUGAUUUUAUGGACAGAACAACAUGAAGGCACAUUGAAGUACAGGUACAGUACCCAAAAUUGUUGGUUAUCGCUUCACAAUGGAUUCUUUUUUUCUAGCCAUUCAGACGCUAUCCAAUGUCUGGCGUUUUCACCAGUAACCUCAAUUCUUUUGAGUUGUGCAAUGGGAGAUUUUGGAUUAUGGUCAUCGGAUGAGAAAAAUGUGCAAAAGCAACGAAUCAAUGGCAGAUGCUCCUCAUGUGCAUGGAAUCGUGAUGGAUCGCUUUUUGCCAUAGGAACACACGACGGAUUUGUACACAUUAAGAAAGCUGGCAAUAUCGUACGUUUGCCACUGCCUUACCCUUUGUUGUCGUACUAAAG